UCCUGCUGAUGGCUCCUGCUGUUAUCUGUCAUGCCAAUGUCCAUGUCAAUUGUCAACAAAACAAAGUCGUAGGGCGAGCUAAGUCGUGCUCUCCAACGACCGCACCAAAUUCAGACAGCCCGUACAAAAUUAUGAUAACAUAGCGUCGCUAGCACCAGUGCCCAGUCGUUCAAGAAAACAUGAAAUUCACCCUCGUCCGCAUCCGUCACGGCCCAAAGUUAUGAGACACUAUUGUGAAAAAUUUAAAUAUUUCACCAUCAAAGCAAUAAUGAUAUCCUAAAGCAGUUUCAUUUAUCUCAUAACAACGCUCGCUGCGCACGUUGGACGAUGGAGACCUCACUGGAAAAGUCGGAUCCGUACAUUCGUACCAUUGAAUGGGAAAUGAUGAACAAAGCUAAGUUUUUUCCAUUAUCAAUGCUGAGUUCAUUCACUGUACGUUGUGCGCUUUAUCCACUCACGCUGAUAAAGACGCGUCUCCAGAUACAGAAGCACAAUAAUGUGUACACAGGCAUGAUUGAUGCCUACAGGAAAAUUCUGGGGUGUGAAGGCUUUGUUGGGCUGUAUCGAGGCUUCUGGAUAUCAUCAGUUCAAAUAUUUAGUGGUGUUUUUUAUGUAUCAACAUAUGAGGGAGUCAGACAUGUACUUGCACAAAAACAAAUUGACUCCAGAAUUAGGGCACUAGUUGCUGGUGGAUCAGCAUCACUUGUUGGACAGACAAUUAUUGUGCCAUUUGAUGUCAUCAGCCAACAUUUGAUGAUGAUGGGAGUACAAAAUAAAGGUUCAUCAUCAGUUGAAUUUAAUCCAUUGGGCAUAAAAUAUGAAGGCGCUUCGCGUCUUACUUUAACCACUGAAGUUAUCAAACAUAUUUUGAAAACUGAUGGGAUUGGUGGCUUUUAUCGUGGCUAUACAGCAAGCUUAUGUGCAUAUGUUCCUAAUUCGGCACUUUGGUGGGCAUUUUAUCAUCUGUAUCAAGAUGAAUUGCACAAUAUAUUACCUUCUCAUGUAUCUCAUUUACUCAUUCAAACAAUCGCCGGCACUCUCGGAGGAUUCACGACAACCAUAAUAACGAAUCCUCUCGAUGUGGUGCGCGCACGUCUGCAAGUGCAGCGGCUGGAGUCGAUGAGGAUAGCUUUCCGAGACCUUUGGCGCGAAGAGGGCAUGCUCAUGUUUUGCAAGGGCUUGAGUGCACGACUGAUACAAUCCGCGUCAUUUAGCUUUAGCAUUAUACUAGGAUACGAGACAAUAAAAAGAGUAUCGGUGAACGACGAGUACAAAGAGUUCGUGCGCUGGUGAAGACGCGCGUGGAUCAAAGUAGUCAAAAGAUUUAGCGAAAUUUCAGUGCGAUGGUGAUGAUGUUUGGCGAAUUGUGUUCGCGUUAUCUAAGAAGUCAUUGUUAUUUAGCGUAAGUCGCAGUUGCAAACUCAAGGGAUACCAUAUUUAGAUACCAAAUAUUAACGAAAUGAAAUAAUGCACGGGGCAAAUAUUUCGUCUUUUAUUUAUCUAUGUUGUACACAUGUUUUUAUUACUACUUACAAAUGUUUUGUUGACGCAAUUUUUUUAUUGGAAAAAUUGUACGCGUAUCUAUUUUGUUGUUUUAUAGUUUAUAUCACUGUUGGCAUAAAGCUUUUUAUUUGUAUGUUAAUAACUUAUGUGCAAUCAACACGGAGGCAAUCGAGGCAUUGCCUUUAGCAGUCAAAGUUAGAGCAAUUAUUGUGAUCAGGAGUCUGUUGAACAUAUAUGUGAAAAAUAUAUUGAAUGGAUGUUAAAUGAAAGUAUUCACAAUAAAUGGUCAAGUAUUGACAGUCCACGAUUC